AGUUACUGCCGAAAAUGAAAUCCAAAUUUCAUAAUUCCGAAAAGCCGUGUCCCGAUCCGUGUGGUAUACAUUUGUCGUCGACUAUAUAUAUUCUUCUCCUUCUUCAGUUAUUGCAUCUUCUCCAAGUACAAGUGAUCGAUCGCAGACUGAUUGAUUCCAUCAUUUUUCAGUUUUUGUCGUUUCAACUCAUUUUCAAUCUCAAAACCAACAACAACCAAAAAAAAAAACACAAACCCAGAUUCAGAACUCAAGACUUAGAUCAUUAGUUAACAAUUCUAGGCAUCAAGUGAUAAGAUGUCCGAGGAAAAAGAGAGCAGAUAUGCCUACAAGUUUCUAAGGUUCUUCAAAAGAACAUAUAAAAUAAAAGAAGCAGAGCCACCAUCAGAUGUCAAAGAAGCCUUUUUAAAGUACUCAGAUGGUAAUAAUCUAAUGACAUCGGAUCAAUUAUUAAAUUUCUUAAUUAAUUUUCAAGGAGAAUCUGAUGCUAAGAUUGAAGAUGCAGAUAAGAUCAUAUCACAUAUUCUUCAAACAAGACAUCACAUUGCUAAGUUUACUAGAAGUAAUACUCUUAAUCUUGAUGAUUUUCAUCAUUAUCUAUUCGAUCAACAUCUUAAUUUCCCUAUUAAUCCCCAGGUAUGUCAAGAUAUGACAGCUCCAUUGUCUCAUUACUUCAUAUAUACAGGGCAUAAUUCCUAUUUAACUGGGAACCAACUUAAUAGUGAAAGUAGUUGUGUACCAAUUAUUAAUGCAUUAAAGAAUGGUGUCAGAGUUAUUGAACUGGAUAUUUGGCCUAAUUCCGCAGAAGAUGACAUUAAGGUCUAUCAUGGAAGGACUCUGACUUCUCCAGUAAAAUUCAUUGAUUGCCUGAAGGCCAUUAAGGAAUACGCCUUUGUUGCGUCAGAAUACCCUCUAGUGGUAACUUUGGAAGAUCAUCUUACUCCAGAACUUCAGGCUAAAGCUGCUGAGAUGAUUACUCAAACUCUCAGAGACGUGCUUUUUACAUCAUUAGAAUGCUUAGAGGAAUUUCCAUCGCCAGAAGCACUGAAGGGUAAAAUCCUUCUUUCCACCAAACCACCAAAAGAGUAUUUGUACGGUAAGGCUUUUGACGAGGAAAAGAAGGACUUGUGUGAGAACGAAGAACCGCAUGAGGAAGUCAUUGGCGAUGAAAAUGAAAAACAAGUCAUUGAAGACAAAAAUGACAUAGACUCUGAAGAUAGUGAGGACAGCAGUGUUGAAAGUGAAGAUACUGAUAGUUCCGAGGAUAAAUUAUGCUCAUUAGGAGUUCAUAAAUACAAGAGUCUUAUUGCAAUUCAUGCUAAGAAACACAAGGGUGGGUUAACCAAAUCUCUUAAGCUGGAUCCUAAUAAAGUUGAACGCCUUAGUUUGAGUGAGCAACAGCUUGAAAAGGGAGCCGAGAAUCAUGGAACCGAACUUGUGAGGUUCACCCAGCGGAAUCUGCUGAGGAUAUAUCCAAAAGGAACACGGUUUAAUUCAUCAAAUUAUAACCCAAUGAUUGGAUGGAUGCAUGGAGCUCAAAUGGUAGCAUUUAAUAUGCAGGGAUAUGGCAAACGACUGUGGGCAAUGCAGGGACUGUUCAGAUCCAACGGAGGGUGCGGUUAUGUGAAAAAGCCUGAUAUUUUAAUGAGAACGGAUGAAAGAAAUAAGGUUUUUAAUCCUGAGGAAAAGUUGCCAGUGAAGACAUGCUUAAAAGUGAGAGUGUACAUGAGUGAUGGAUGGCGUUUGGAUUUUAAGCCAACACAUUUUGACACAUACUCCCCACCUGAUUUCUACGUGAAGGUGCAUAUAGUAGGAGUUCCAGCAGAUGCUAAAAAAUUUAAAACAGAAACUUUAGACAAUACUUGGAUACCAGUUUGGAACCAAGAAUUCUCAUUCCCAUUGACGGUUCCAGAAUUAGCAAUACUUCGUCUUGAAGUUCGCGAUCAUGAUACGGGCGAGAAGGAUGAUUUUGGUGGCCAGACUUGUUUGCCUGUUCGGGAUCUAAGACCUGGUAUCCGAACAGUUCCUCUCCAUGACAGAGACGGCAAAAAAUUCAAUUCCACAAGACUUCUUAUGCGUUUUGAAUUUGUUUAGGCAUACCUAUUAUCUUCUGAGUCAAAUUGAAAAAGUGAAAAUAUAUUUUUUCCUAUAACAGAGGGAGUAUUAAGUUUUAUCAUUGAAUCAUAGUAUAUAAUACUUUAAUUGUACGUAGCUCUUGUAAUCCAGUCCAGUGAAUAAAGUUGUAACAACGUGGAUUGUUACAGAAAAAAAA